GAUUUAAAACACCGAGCCCCAGAAGAAUGAUAUACAGCAUGCGUAGGAACGACAGUUUGUGGAUUUCCUGCUAGGCGCCUAGGAGAAAACAAGGGAUCUCUCGGACAGUCGCUGUUAGACCUGCCAAGGCGCUGAGACGCCAUAACUCUCGCAGGACGGGUCUAAAAAUAUGCAGCGGCCAUAUUCAGUCUCCCCUGCAGAAUCACAGAAAAACGAGACCUCUCGUGUUUCAUGGGGUCCCUGCUUCCAGGGGACGAUUGAGAUGCUUAAAACAGAGCACCCGCUAACGUGCUUUGCCGGCCUGGUGCCUGCGUGAGGCAGAGAGGCGCACAGUGACUGACGCAGAGCGCUGGAGGAAUGGGGGAUAAAAACUAGUUCUUCAAAAUAACACAGCGACGAAGAUUGCCCUCUUUUAAAUGUGUUUGAGGGCGUUCCUUGGCAUAGGACGUACAAAUGCGGACACGUGUAGCGGAUCGAUUUCUCGCCAUCCCACUCGCGGUGCCGUCUGGAUUGUUUGGAAGGCUUUUUUUUUUCAUUGGGGGGCCCCGCAGGAGUUUUGCAGAAUGGCCAGCGUCCGGGUUGAUACGCUUUGCGCAGGAGGAGGCAGGGUGAAGGGGCGGGCCUGCUUAGGGGGUGCCCGGAUGACCAUGUGGGCGCCAGACUCAGAAGUGCAGCAUGGCGGGGUACAGCUCGGGUGCCACGAGGUGUAAAAACCAAACCCAUCCCUUUGCCUUUGCAAGCAUCGCCUUUAACGUCGUCGUCUUACUCCGGCGCGCUGGGCAAGCGGUACCGGACACCCGCCCCAGCCAAUGUCAACAGGACAUCCCUCUGUCUGUGCCCGAGGGUGGCGACGCGCAACAGCCCCUUAACCUCACGGAGCGCUUUGCCCAGCUGUCCUGGUACGAUGCCUUGGCUGGGACAUGGGUGCCGAUAGCCGUCAUCCGUCCAGGGAAAUCAAACCCGCUCGACAGCUCCUUCGCCAGGUGCAUCUCCAUAUCCAACAGAUGGCUCACCGUGCUUAACGCCAGCAAAGCCAUUGCAGGGGUGUACAAGAUUGAAUCUGAGAUGAACAAAAGCAAGUGUCUGGUUUUCAUCCGUCUGAUUGUAACAGAGCCUGCGCCAACCUCAGCUCCGGUCUCCCAGGUGGCCCUGGUCAGCAGCGGGACAGCAGCUGCAGAGCCCGGAUCUUGGUCCAGCCGUAUUGCCGUGGUGGUGGUGCCGGUGGUGGGGUCAGUGAUGGUGGUGGCGCUGUUGAUAUGGCAGAUAAAGAAUAUUGCUCGCUACAUGCGCUCGUUCUGCAGCCGUCAUGACUUCCCUGCCAGAGCCGCCCCGUCCCAGCAGGCCAGCGACUCAGGCCCCAUGCAGGAGCUGGCAGAGCUGACGCAGCCGGAGGAUGCCAGCGGUGGGGACCGCUGCUCACACCUGGCUCGCUUCCUGCGGAGGGGGGCCAUAUAG